AUGUCGAGACAGCAGGCAGGGGACCUGCCGCGAAUCAAGGAGACAAAAAGGAGCAGCACAGACGCAGGGAAAGAGCAGCAGCAACAGCAGCAGCAGCAGCAGCAACAGCAGCAACAGCAGCAACAGCAACAGCAGCAGCAGCAACCGCAGCAGCCGCAGCAGCACGGGCGGCCAGUUCACGCAGAGGUAGAAGCCCUCUACACAGGGACUUUGCUGCUUCUAUUCAAAGUCUCUCUUUUGGCGUUUUAUAAAUUAUUUUAA